AUGCAUUUUGUGAUGGCUGUGAGUCCUUUUGUGUUCAUGACUCUAUUUUUGUCACUGGUCGAAACCAAGUUCUACAGACCAUUCCAGUUUAACCAGUAUAAAGCUGGGCUCAAUCAACACCAUGACCAAGGGAAACCCACCAGCCGACACAAGAACCACUGUGCCUAUGUCAUUGAAAAGACAGUGUCAUUCACUGUGCAGGAUGGGGCAGCCCCAUUUGUAAAAGCUGAGUACAACAAGUGUUCCUGGGGUCAAAAAUGUCCAACUCUGCUGUAUCGUCUGCAGUACAAACCACUCUAUAAGGUGGCACAUAAAACUGUCACAGAGCUGGAAUGGCGUUGUUGUCCCGGGUACUCUGGUUAUGGCUGUAUGGAGAGACAUCCAGUUUACCAACACCCCAUGAAAAUGAUGCCGCCAUUCAAAGGCCCGCCAAUGAAAGGCCCACAGUUUAAGGGGCUGCAGUUCAAAGGCCCACAGCACAAAGGUACCAUGUUCAAGGGUCCCAUGUUCAAGGGCCCACCUAUUAACACUGUUGUGAAGGCCAACCCAUGGAGUCAACCCAAAGGACCUUCCAUUGGCAGUUUCAACAAUUACCCAACGCGUCACUUUGGGCCUCCAGGGUCCUCCUCCUUCCCAGACACCUCCUUUGAGCCUUAUUCGCCAGAGCCAGAGCCAAUGCCAGAACACCAGGAACCACAUCUCACAGAGCACAACCAAGAACAUGACCAUGACCAAAGCCAAGGACCUGAGGAACAUAUACCAGAGGAAAUUCCUCCUCCUCUGUCUGGUGGUGAACAGCCUGAGGGCCAGACUCUCGACAGUGAGACAGAAGUGCGGAUAUAUCGAAUGGAGGAGGAUGUGCAACGUCUAAACCAGGGUCUGGAGACCCUGAGGGGAACUGUGAAUGGACUGGAAGAUAGUCUGCGAGCCUCACUGAGAGAGGAUGCCAACAGGAUGUUGUCUGCUCUGCUCUCUGCUGCCCCUGGUCCUGUUCCUGCUCCCGCUGUAGCCUCCAAUCCAUCCACAGUAGGGUUUGUAGAGAUUCCUGGAGGAGACCCUGAGACAGAGGGUCUAGAUGGCAGACAUGUGUUUCCAGGCCUUACAGAUCUGAAUAGAAGGGUAGAGGAGCUCAGGGCAGAGCUGCAAACCAAGACAGCACAGCUGCAAGAACUCAAAGCAACAGUGAUGGGACAUGAUGGAGCACUGAAGAAGAUGACAAAUGCAGUGGGAGUUGUAUCAGACUCCACUGGCAAUUUUGAGGAAAAUGACCAGAGAGCUAUGGAGAAGUUGAUGGAAGACAAACUGAGUAUAGCCAGGACAGAAAUUCUUGGUGGGUUUGAGAAGCGCUUGGAGAGUGCAGAGGGCCGAUGCGAAGAGAAAGCUGGGGAAGUGUUUCAUCAGUGUCAGAGGGAGAAAGGUGAGAGGCAAGAGCAGAUGGAAGAUGCUAUGGAGGAAAGAGCCACAUCCUUGAGAACAGAGCUGAAAAACCUACAGGCACAGAUCCAUAGUUUAAAGGCUACAGAAAGCUGCUGUGGUAGAGUAAGUGGACUGUUUGAAAGGGUGCAGCUGCUGGAAACAUCAGUGGCAGGCCUCAACCAGUCCCAGGGUCACCUGAGAUUGGAGCUGGGUGGACACAAGGACCACAUAGAGGGAAUGCUGGAGGGGCGGUUGGGGUAUGUGGAAGCCAAGCUCAACCAGACUGGGCAGAUCAAAAAUGAUCAGUCUGCAGGGAGAGGUGGUGUCCCAGACAGAGCUGAGACAGGACAGGGCCUGGAGGCCAGAAUGGAGGGUCAGUUGAGGGCUCUGGAAGGUCGAUUACUGACGGCUUUGGAGGAGCUGGGCAAUGCCACUGCCCCUGCACUGCUAGAGGGUCAUGCAGUUCCCAGUCUAGAGACAGAGCUGGAGUCCCUGCGAGGCAGACUGGAGGUGGAUAUGGACAGCGUGCGGAAGCACCUAAGCACCCUUGAGAUUCUCUGCUCCUCUUCCUGUUCCUCACCUCAAAACCCAUCUGCCAUCCAGGGAGACUCUGCUGCACCAAGUAACCUGGCAAAGGAGCAGAAUAUGAAGGAGGUACUGGACAAGCAAGGUGAUCAUUUGAAUAGCCUCAAUGUCACACUGCAGAACAUCCUGAGGCGUCUGACCCUCAGGGACCAGCAGGAACAUGCAGAGGGAGAUUCUCCCAUCCAGGGAGAGCUCACAAUCCUCAAGUUCAAUGUCCACUCAGUCAACCAAACCCUGAGAGGCCUCCAGGAUUCCUUGGGGACAGUGGUCUACCAGGUGGAUAAAACCAACAGUUCCUGGCAUGAAAGAGAGGCUCGUCUGGCCCAGCAGAUAAGGGGUGUGGUCCAGCUCGUUGGACAUCAGGCUUCCAUGCUUGGGGCAGGUGAGCGCAGACUGACCCGACUUAAGGGUGAUCUGCAGGACAUGAAGAGACGGCUAGCUCAGGAGGUCCAGGGCUGCCGGAGCACAGCUAUAGGGGUCCAGAAAGAGGUAACUGAGUUUGGAGGGCGUGUUUCCAGUGUGGAGAACCAGUGUAAGGGCCUGAAUUACUUGGCAGAGGACCUGGAGAGAAUCAGAGAGGAGUUAGAGGGACAAUCAAAUGGACUUCUCCUGCAAGUCAAUGGAACUCUCUCUAGCCAUGCUCAGCAGCUGGCUGAGCUGAGAAGUGAACUCAAAAACUACACCUCCAAGGUAGAGCCAACACAAAAGACUUUAGAGCUGGACACGGAGCUGAGACGAGGUGACACCUUCACUUUGAACUAG